AUGCAAACUAACCUUGCGAUUUUCACGGUAUUGGCUGGACUACAUGUAGCAGCACUUUGUUCCGCCGACGCCAGCCCAUCAAGCAAUUCCACCCUCGAAGCUUCGACAGGGUUUACCCACGUACGAGCUGGAAUUCGCGAUGGAUCGAUACGAAGUCGAGGCGUCAACCUCGGUGGCUGGCUGGUAGCCGAACACUGGAUGACAGCAGACGCAGCUUUCUGGCAAGGCGUCAAGGACCAUUUUGCGAAUUCCGGCGAGUACACAAGUAUCUCGAAAGCGUCGAGUCCAGACAACAUCCGCACCAAGUUGGGGGAACAUCACGCAGCUUUUAUUACUGAAGACGACAUCGCCCAGAUCGCAACGGCAGGACUCAACACUGUUCGAGUGCCGCUCGGUUUCUGGAUUCUGGGCUAUGACAACUUUGAUCCGUCUAGCCAACACGAGUGGCAAGUGUAUACACGAGGAACGAUCGCGUACUUGGACCAGCUCAUCAGAUACUGGGCCAAGAAGCACAACGUUGCAGUGCUGCUCAGUUUGCACGCUGCUAAAGGCUCGCAGAAUGGAGCCGACCACUCGUCACCUGCCAGCCCAGGACACCCAUUGUGGAGUCAAUACUCGGAGAACGUGGCUAACACCAUUGAGGUGGCACGAUUCCUGGCUGAUCGGUAUCGUGGCGACGAAGCUUUUCUCGGAAUUGGGUUGCUCAACGAGCCCAACGGCAGCACGGACGAAAAGGUGUUGUACCAAUACUACAAGGACGCGUACCAAGCGGUGCGUUCGACAGGGAGUGACUGCGUGUUGAGCAUCAUGCCAAUGCUGCAGAAACAGAGCCCCGAUGAGAUGGUGGGCUUCAUGGAGGCACCCGAGUUCACGAACGUCUGGGUUGAGUGGCAUCCCUACUUCAUCUGGGGCUACGAGCACACACCGGAUGAUCAAUUGGUGAAUGUUGCCGUCAAACAGGAAUACAGGGGGCGCGUGGACAAGUGGAACGCUCGUCCAGGUCACAACCGCUUGUUCAUUGGCGAGUGGAGCGUGGCAACUGCGUCCAACAUGCGUCGCACCAACGCCGAUCUGUUCUACACGUUUGCGAUGGAGCAGCUCAAGGUGCACGAAGCAGCGGAAGGAGGCUGGACGCUGUGGUCGUGGAAGGCGUCAGCGGGCAGCAACCGCGACGUGGAGGACUGGUCUCUACAGAAACUCCUCGCCGACGACCGACUCGGUAGGAUUCUGCGCAAUUACCAGUAG